CAAAAACUGGAUUUUGCCUUUAAUUCUAAGCGACGUAUUUUUAUUUAAAGAUAGACUUAUUAUUGUGCCAUAAAUUGAUUUAAUUCGAUAGACAAAUUAGACUGGUAGUACUUGUUGCGCUUUUAAAGAGGACUCCUAAAUGCUCCCAAAUCUUCUCUUUAUUUCGCUCUAAUUAAAGUAUGUAACGCUGGUCUCACACUCGUAAUCAUAUUUGUGGUAUUUUAAUGUUUACUAGGUCACACAAUAUGAAAGGUGCUGCCGUACAAAUAACCGCUGUCCUGCCUCAUCCAAUCAGACUAUUUUGCGGGCAAUCCCCGUAAGGAAUGGAUUAUGUUUCUUUCGUUUUCAUUUCCCGGAAGGCUCGAAUAAGGAAACAGCAGACUAGUGUUUCUGGAAAAACGACGUCCAUUUAAAAAAAAAAAAAAAAAAAAAAAGCUGCUGUAGGAUCACAUGCUCGAAGCUUUAUGUUGCGUGUUGUGCACUUUUAUCAGGACCAUACUUUUGAUUGACGGGUGUCUACGGAGCAUUUCAGUGUAACCUUUGGUCAAGCAAGACAACAGACACAACUUCACUGUAAUGCAUGCAAGGCAGACCAGACUCAGUGGGCAUCACUGCCCCCUUGACACACUUCCACAGGACAGUCCACCCACACAGGAGGACCUCUGGCAUCUUCCUGGACAACUACGAAUAAACCCGUCUCUGUGGGAUAAGGACGACGUCGCCCACUGGCUCCACUGGGCCGAGAAGGAGUAUUCACUACGCCGGCCUGAGAAUGGACGCUUUGAGAUGAACGGCCGAGCCCUGUGCCUGCUUACCAAGGAAGACUUCCGAUACCGUUGUCCCAGUUCAGGUGAUGUUCUGUAUGAGAUCCUGCAGUGCGUAAAAAAGCGACCAAGGGGCGUUGUGUGUGACACCCCAAACAAGUCUUGCAUCCAAAGAACAGAUAUGCCUCGGAUCACUGACCCAAAAGUUGAAGAGCCAGUGUCUCCUUCGCCAGAUAACACACAAGUUCCCCAAAAACAAGACUUCUUCCCUGAAAAAGAAAGUCAAAUCCAGGAACCUCUUAAUUUGUCUUGGAGAGAGAAGCCAAGAACGGCAAUUCUCAGACCCAAUGGUCGUUUGCCAGAGUGCAGACUCCUGUGUGAUUAUGUCUAUACACUGCUUUGUGAUGGCCGAUAUCAAGAAUAUAUCCGAUGGGAGGACCGAAGCAGCCUGGUGUUCAGAGUGGUGGAUCCCAACGGCCUGGCACGUCUCUGGGGAUGCCACAAGAACCGAGACAAUAUGACAUAUGAAAAAAUGUCCCGGGCUUUGAGGCACUACUACAAACUCAACAUCAUCAAAAAGGAGCGAGGACAAAAACUGCUCUUCAGGUUUCUGAAAACGCCUCAGGACACCCGGAGAGAGCAGACAGACCCUGCUCAGUCUCCGGAUCACGCUCCCCUGCAUGACAGUGACUUUCCAGACAGCAGUCCUACAUAUCAAUUAAGCCAUGAGCAUUUUGAGGUUUCACCGGAUCGUGUUUCUCCUAACUGCUCUCCAACCAGCCCCCUUGUGAGAUGAUUAAAAAAACAAGUUAUACAACAUACCACCUUCUACAAAUAGAAGGUUGUAUGAACUUCAUGAUGAUUUUGCUGGAGUAUAUGAUGUUUUUUCACUCAUCAUUUAAAAAAUAUUUUUAAAUGUUUACAAAGAAAUACAUUAUUCUAAAUAUGAUUUGUGGUUUUUAAGACCAUUUUUAAUCUAUUAUUUUGUUCCUGAAUUUGUAAAUUACCUUUGUUUUGAAUUUUUUGUUAAAUCUUUGUUUUUAUGCUUUCCUAUAUUUUCAAUUGUCU